AUGUCGAAUAGACCCACGGGCCCUCGCCAGCAUGCACCGCCGCCAUCGGGACCCUCAAGGCAGAGACAGGGGUACCGUGAACGUGAUGAGUACAGGCCGAGUUAUAGAAAUGGUCCACCAGCAGGACCUCGCAGGCAACAACAACAACAUUCAACACCACCGCCACCUUCUUCGUCCGCAUCACACCCAAAAUCGCCAAUUAGACCAUCAGGACCAGCAGGCAGGUCAUAUCAAUCAUCAAACUUUAGUACAGGUACGAAACGGCCACUUCCAUCAGGACCCUCGAGCUUUAAAAAGAGGCGUGAUUUUAAUAACAAGAAGCGAGAUUAUGGAGCCGGGUCUGGUCGAAGCUCGUAUGUUCCUAAUGCCCCCAAGCGUGAAGUGGAGCCAACCCUAACUCUUAAUCAGAUAUAUUCUAUAAAGGAGCUGCGGGAUAGUGCAAUUUAUGAACGAGUACAGCAAGUUGGAGAAGGUACAUACGGCAAAGUAUACAAGGCAAAAAAUUCUAUAACUAAUGAGUAUGUAGCAGUAAAGAAAUUGCGACUAGAAAGCGAACGUGAAGGGUUCCCUAUCACUGCCAUACGUGAAAUUAAACUACUACAAUCAUUUGAUCACCCUAAUAUCGUUGGAUUAUUGGAAAUGAUGGUUGAACACAAUCAAAUUUAUAUGGUUUUCGAUUAUAUGGACCACGAUUUAACUGGAUUGCUUACACAUCCGGACUUGCAGCUACAAGAAAGUCAUCGCAAAUACAUUUUUAAACAAUUGAUGGAAGGGUUGGAUUAUCUCCAUGAAAAGAGAAUAAUUCAUCGAGAUAUUAAAGGGUCGAACAUAUUGUUGGAUAAUUUGGGUAAUUUAAAAAUUGCUGACUUUGGAUUAGCAAGAACAAUGAAGAUAUUGGGCGAGGGUGAAGUUGCUGAUUUUACCAAUAGAGUGAUAACAAUAUGGUAUCGACCACCAGAAAUAUUGCUAGGUGCUACUGAUUAUGGACGUGAGGUGGACAUAUGGGGUGUUGGGUGUUUGCUAAUUGAAUUGUAUUCCAAGAUGGCAGCUUUCAGAGGUAUGGAUGAAAUCAGUCAAUUGAGCAAAAUUUUCAAUAUAUUGGGAACUCCCACGUUGGAAUCAUGGCCACAAAUUGAUAAACUACCUUGGUUUGAAAUGUUGAAACCAAAAAUCAACAUUGCUUCCAAGUUUGAGGAAAAAUAUGAACAUAUAAUGACAUCAAAGGCAUUCAAGUUGGCAGAAAAGUUGUUGGCAUUGAAUCCUCGGCAUAGGCCAACAGCUCAUGAAGCAUUGAAGGAUGAUUAUUUUACAAGAGAACCGUUGCCAGAACCAUUGACAUUUCUCAAGGACUUGAAAGGUGAAUGGCAUGAAUUUGAAACUAAAAAGAGAAGAAGGGAAGAAAGGAAAAGAAUAAAAGAGGAGGAAGAUGCUGAAUUGGCUGCCAGUAAACUGAAAGUGAAUAAUGGGAAUGAUGCCAUUGCAAAUAGUGUUGGCGAUACUGUUGAGAGUGUAGCACGGGAAACUGGUACUGGAACUGGUGGAAGUGAAAAAGUGUCGCCUGAUAUACACAUAGAUGGACUAACUGGCAAAACAUAG